GUAAAGGCAGAGUUGGUACACUGACACGUCCACAGUCGCGCGGAGAAGAGUUAGGAGACGGAGAGACGGAGACGAGAGGAAAGUGGAAAGAAUGAGUGGUGGUGAAGGAGAAGAGACGACGUUGGAGUACACGCCGACAUGGGUGGUGGCCGGCGUGUGCACAGUCAUCGUCGGCAUUUCUCUGGCCAUGGAACGCGUGCUCCACUACGCCGGCAAAAAGUUGAAAAAGAAGGGCCAGAAACCCCUAUUCGAAGCCUUACAGAAAGUUAAAGAAGAAUUGAUGCUGUUGGGCUUCAUAUCGCUGCUUCUGACGGUGUUCCAGAAUGUCAUUUCCAAAAUCUGCGUCCCGGAGGAUUUGACCCGUCACUUGCUUCCCUGUAAACUCCAGCACGAAGAAUCCACUGAUAAUGCAACCACUGUCCAUUUUCAGAGCUUCUUUGUGCCCACCAUUUUGGGCAGAGCCAGGAGGCUUCUAGCCGAGGUUGAGGCUUCGACGUCCGAGACCGGUUACUGUACCCGAAAGAAUAAGGUCCCAUUAUUAUCCACUGAAGCGCUGCAUCAUCUGCAUAUCUUUAUCUUCGUCCUAGCCAUUGUCCAUGUGACCUUCUGUGUCCUCACUGUUCUUUUUGGUGGGGCAAGGAUUCGCCAAUGGAAACGCUGGGAGGAUGAAAUUGCAAAACAGAAUUACGAUGCACGUGGAGUUCUGAAGUCAAGAAAAGUUACCAAUGUCCAUCAACAUGCUUUUAUCAAAGAUCAUUUUCUGGGUAUUGGUAAAAACUCAGCUCUGCUGGGAUGGUUGCAAUCUUUUGCCAAGCAGUUUUACGCAUCUGUGACAAAAUCAGACUAUAUGACACUACGACUAGGUUUUAUCGUGACCCAUUGCAGAGGAAACCCAAAGUUUAAUUUUCACAAAUACAUGAUACGUGCACUUGAAGAUGAUUUUAAGAGGGUUGUUGGUAUAAGUUGGUAUCUUUGGAUAUUUGUGGUCAUUUUCCUGCUGCUUAAUGUUAACGGUUGGCAUACGUAUUUCUGGAUAGCAUUCCUUCCUUUCUUUCUUCUACUUGCUGUGGGGACUAAGCUGGAGCAUGUAAUAACCCAGCUGGCUCAUGAGGUUGCUGAGAAACAUGUAGCUAUAGAAGGUGAAUUGGUAGUUCAACCAUCGGAUGAGCACUUUUGGUUUGGCCGGCCCUACAUUGUCCUCUUUCUGAUCCAUUUUAUCCUUUUCCAAAAUUCUUUUGAGAUUGGAUUUUUUUUCUGGAUAUGGGUUCAAUAUGGCUUUGACUCUUGCAUAAUGGGACAAGUUCGUUUUAUUGUCCCGAGGCUCAUUAUUGGGGUCUUCAUUCAGGUAUUCUGUAGUUACAGCACCCUACCACUUUAUGCCAUUGUCACACAGAUGGGAACUACUUACAAGAAGUCAAUAUUUGAUGAGCAUGUGCAAGUGGGCCUCAUUGGUUGGGCUGAGAAGGUGAAGAAAAAGAAGGGGUUAAAAGCAGCUAGCAAUGGCUCCGGCCAAGGAAGUUCCCAUGAAGGUUCUACACCGAGUAUUCAGAUGGGGUCGGUUUUCCACAAGGCGUCUAUACCGGAGGAGAUUCAGGCUGCACCCGGUUCUGAAGGCUCAAAAUGAGCACUGCCAUUCCUGGCUAAGAGAUAGCAGAGCCUCAUCUAAGUAGGCUCAUUUGUAUAGUUAUAAUAUCACCCCUGGCAUGGGGCUGGAAGAGCUCAGUUGUAAAAUAAUCGUUAGUAUUUUCUGCUUGGCUUAAAAUGUCGGAUUGCAUACAUUUUUUUUUUUGAAUGCCAGUGUGUUUUUUCUGCCAA